CUCAUGCAGUUUGUCUCUGAAGAAUAAAGGAAGGAAUGAGUGCUGCCGUCUUCCGGUAAAACUGGCUUCUUCGCCAACAGAACAAUGGAUUCAGUGCAGGCUUUAACAAUAGAAGAAUCUAUUAAGAAGAGUGCUGUUAAAAAAUAUCAAAUAACUUGUAUUGUUCUUCUUGCUCUGUUGGUGAUUGUGUCACUUGGGUUAGGACUGGGACUUGGACUCAGACAAUCAGAGGCACAAGACAGUUGCAGGAAAAAAUGCUUUGAUUCAUCCUACAAAGGACUGGAGGGCUGCCGAUGUGACAUGGAAUGCAAAGACCGAGGCAAUUGCUGCUGGGAUUUUGAAGACACCUGUGUGGAAUCAACUCAACUAUGGACAUGCAAGUGCUCCUGCGCCGCCGACUGCCUGCAGAGGGGGGACUGCUGUGUCGACUACAGGAGCGUCUGCCGAGGAAAAACACCAUGGGUGAAAGAAGCAUGUGGCACAGCCCAGCAACCUCAGUGUCCAGAAGGGUUUGAGCUGCCACCGGUUAUCUUGUUUUCUAUGGAUGGCUUUGGAGCUGAAUAUUUGCAAACGUGGGGCACUUUGAUGCCGAAUAUUAAUAAACUGAAAACAUGUGGAAUUCAUUCAAAAUACAUGAGAGCUGUCUACCCAACCAAAACCUUCCCAAAUCAUUACACUAUUGUCACGGGCUUGUAUCCAGAGUCAUAUGGCAUCAUUGACAACAACAUGUAUGACGUGACCCUCAUUAAGAGUUUCUCACUCUCUUCAGAGGAGCAGAAUGAUCCGGCCUGGUGGAAGGGGAAACCAAUCUGGUGGACAGCCAUGAACUAAGGUUUAAAAGCUGGAGCCUUCUUUUGGCCUGGAUCAGACGUGGCUAUCAAUGGCUCCUUUCCUUCCAUGUGUAGGAUGUUCAGUAGGAGUAUCCCAUUUGAAGUGAGGAUCUCUGCAUUGCUUAAAUGGCUGGACCUGCCCAAAACUGAAAGACCCGCCUUUUACACCAUCUGUAUGGAACAGCCUGAUUCUGCAGGACAUGACAGUGGACCAGUCAGUGCCAAUGUUGUUCAAGCCUUACAGUUAGUAGAUUGUGCUUUUGGGAUGCUGAUGGAAGGUCUCAAGCAGCGGAACUUACACAAUUGUGUCAACAUAAUUCUUUUGACUGAUCAUGGAAUGGAUCAGACUUAUUGUGACAAGAUGGAAUAUAUGACUGAUUAUUUACCCAAAAUAAACUUCUACAUGUUUGAAGGGCCUGCACCCCACAUCAGGUCUAGUAAUGUACCCCAAGGCUUUUAUGCUUUUAAUUCUGAAGAAAUUGUUAGGAACCUUACUUGCUGAAAACUUGAUCAGCAUUUCAAACCCUACUUGCCUCCUGAUUUGCCCAAACGACUGCACUAUGCCAACAAUGUCAGAAUCUACAAAGUUCUUCUCCUGGUGGAGCCGCAGUGGCUGGCAGUGAGGAGUAAAGCGAACAAGGACUGUGGAGGAGGCACCCACAUGUAUGACAAUAAGUUUAAGAGCAUGAGGGCUAUCUUCUUGGCACAUGGACCCAGUUUUAAAGAGAAGACUGAAAUUGAACCAUUUGAAAACAUUGAACUCUAUAACCUAAUGUGUGAUCUUCUACACAUUCAGCCAGCCCCAAACAAUGGUACGCAUGGUAGUUUAAACCAUCUUCUGAAGGUGCCUUUUUAUAAACCAUUCCAUGCUGAGGAAGACACUGAUCUAGAAUGUGUGAAUCAAAUGCUAAAUCUCACCCCAGAAGAAAGGAACAAUAGAACUUCUGACAGCCAAUACGACGCGUUAAUUACAAGUAAUUUGGUUCCUAUGUAUGAUGCAUUCAAAAAAAUAUGGGAUUACUUUCACAGUGUUCUUCUUAUAAAACAUGCCAUGGAAAGAAAUGGAGUAAAUGUGAUAAGUGGCCCAAUAUUUGAUUAUAAUUAUGAUGGCCAUUUUGACGCUUCAGAUGAAAUUACACAGUAGGUAUGUAGCCAACACCAGGGUUCCCAUCCCCACACACUACUUUGUGGUGCUGACCAGUUGUAAAGAUAAGAGCCACACCCCCAGUGCCUGCCCUGGGGGGCUGGACAUCCUGCCCUUCGUCAUCCCUCACCGACCCACCAACGUGGAGAGCUGUGUGGAAGGUAAAGAAGAAGCUCUUUGGGUUGAGGAAAGAUUAACUAUACAUGUUGCCCGUGUCCGUGAUGUGAACUUCUUACUGGACUUGACUUUUAUCAGGACAAAAAACAGCCUGUAUCUGAGAUUUUGCAAAUGAAGACAUAUUUACCUACAUUUGAAACCCAUAUUUAGCUUUAUAUUAAAAUGAAUUUCACAAGAUGCAUGUGCUUUUCUCUGUUGAAUAAAUCACAUUAAUUUUUCUAUUUUUGCUUAACUCUAAGAAUCCAUGAGCAUAAUUUCUUUAUUCCUUUCUCUUUUUUUAGAUUUUAUAGACAUGUAUUGUUUUAAAGUGACAUUUUUGGCACUGAGAUUUUGUCAUAUUAUACUUUCCUUAUUAAAUUUAUAUUUCCACUCAUAAUCUUGGGCCCUCCUUUUUCUGCCCAGCAUCAUUUAAACAGAAGAGAAAACAAGAGAAGGAGGUCACAUGUGGGAAUGGAAUCAAUUCUUCAGAAGUUUUGCAAUAUAACUUUUUACAGUUGGCAGUUAGGCAACCACAUUCAGGGAAUUUAACCUCGAUGCAAUACUAUUAUCUAAUCUACAGACCUAAUUCAAAUUUUUUUAAUAGCCUCAGUAAUGGCUUUUAUAAUGUUUUCUAAUCUAGGAUCCAAAGAAGACUCAUUCAUUGCAUUAAAUUUUGUUUUCUCUUUGGUAUCACAUAUUGUGCCACAGUUUUUUGAUGUUUUCCAAAUCAAGUGGAUAUCUCUGAAGAGUCUAGGUCAUCUGUUUUGUACACUGCCAUCCCCUUGGGUUUGUCGUACAUGACAUAUAUUUAUGAUUAGAUUCAGGCUCUGCAUUUUUGGCAGGAAUACUAUAUUAGUGCUACUGGGUUCUCAGUGAACCACAUCUGGAAGCACAUGAUGUUCAUUUGUCCCAUUAUUUAUGAUAUCAGCUUUGAUCACUUGGUUAAGUUGGUGUCCUCUAGACUUCUCCUCUAUAAAGAUAGUAUUUUUCCCACUAUGCUUUGUGGAGAGAUAUUUUGAGACCCUGUAAACAUCCUGUUUCUCAUGAAAUUCUCACCCACUGGCUUUAGUAUUUAUUAAUAAUUCUUCCCUGAUAGAAUUUUUACUAUAAUUGCUGCAAAAUGGUGACUUUUCAAAACUCCAUCAUUCUUUCCACAUUUAUUAGCAUUCUGCUGUAAGGGAAAGUAUAUUGCCUUCUUAUUUGUUUGCUUGUUUAUAUAUUUUUAUGUAUUUUUUGUUACUUUGUAUAUUCUCAAGGAUUUCUCCCCCCCUCAACCCCCACUGGAUUAAAAUUUAUUCAAAUCAUUUAUUUUGACCUGUGGAACUCCUUUAUGUGGCUCCUGUGCCCUUUGGACAUAAUCAAUCAUUUUUUGAGCAUUUCCUUACUUUCUGAUAUAAAAAGAUGUUUCAGGCACAGUUUGUACUUUCCUUGUCCCAACUCUAGAACCAGCCAUUUCUUCAUGGAGCCCUGGUUCCAUUUAGUGAGAACUGGGUGUUGUAAUUACUCGUGGGGGUCAUUAUAUCUCAUCCAUUUCAGUCAACAAAAGUAGGAUUUCUAUUUAUGUCUCCACACCCAGGUUUCUCUGUCUUAUUUCUAUAAUUAUAUUUAUUACUAUAUGUAUAAAAAACUGUCAGUUCAGUUAACAUCCAAUAUUACAUGGUUCUUCCUAAGCUUUCCCCAUUUCAUAUCUGUAUCUCCCUUCUCCAACAGCAUGAAAUGUUUCCAACAUCAUCAGUAUAUUUACUCAUUUGUUCAAUCCUGUAAUUCACAAAAAGCUUUGUAAUUUCUAACAAAUACCAUUCAGAGAAAGAGAGCUACUAGGUAAAAUCCAAGAAAUGUUUGCAGUUCUUCGUGUGUCUAGACUGAGAAUUUAUCGUCAAAAUACUGUGUGUCAAAAUGACUUAGAUUAGUUUUUUUUUUCCCCUUCGUAUAGUUGCAUUAUUCAUUUGAAAUAUAGUGGGGCUGAUUUGUUUCUGUUUGUAUUGUAUUUAGGGGUUUCCCCCCAUCCUUUUUGAUUUAAUCUUUUAAAUGUAAAACAGUCACAUAGUUCCAGAAGUCAAAAUUAGAUGGAAAAGAACAGAGGAGAGUUCUCCCUCCACGAUCCCUUCCUCUCCUUUCCCAGCUACCUUCUGAAAGCAACCAAUUUCAUUCAUUUCUGGUUCAUCCUUCCUGUUUAUAUUUUUGAAAGAAUAUAUGUAUAUAAUAUUAUAUGUAUAUAUGUUAUAUGUAUAUAAUUUCCCUUUAUUUAUUACACAAAAGGAGACAUGAUAUAUUUCUUUUGCAGUUUUUCAACUUAACAUAUCCUAGGAAUAUAUUUUCUCAUCGCCUACUUGAUUAUUAUGUGGUACUUUACUGUUUGGCUGUAUCAUAGUUUACUUAAUAAAUCUAUGUAAUUUGAUGCACAUGUGCAUUGUUGGAGGUGCAUCCUUUGGGCAAAUUCGUGAAAGUGGGAAAAUGUAUAUAUAAUAGUUUCAAUUUUAAAAAAUAAAUGUACUGUACUAUAUUAUCUCAACUUUCAUUCCUAAAUUGAUGUAAUCAGAAACUGAAUAAACCCGAUUAACCAGUGGUUAUA